AUGGCUGCCGAAAACAACGAAAGGCAGGCUAAAAGGCACAGAGCAUUUACAGAAGGCGAGGGAAACUCUGUAUCAAGUGUUGAACACAAUAAUGAGCUCAACCGAGUACCUAACAGGGAGCAACAAAACACCGAACAACAUCGAGAACCAGUACGCCGGGCAGAAUCGGAGACUUCAGGUGAUGUAAUCAAGAAUCAUAUCUUAGAAACCUUCAAGAAAUACAGGCUCGUGCCUUGUGCGGCUCCACGAAGACUAAUAAAUGAAUUCGUGGCGCGUUUUGGAAGAGUCAGUGAACCGUGCUCGUAUUGUGGAGCCCCAAGGGCAUCCGCCGUGAUUCCUGAAAUCGUGUUCAAUCAGCAUGAAAGAACUGCGACUCUGGUCGGCCGCAAGGUAGCAUGCAAAAUGUGUGAGCUAAUAGCCGAUCAAGGCAAACUAAAUCGUCACAUAGCACUAUCGUCAAUGUACCCAAAAGAAGGACCAGACAUUGUUGAACAACACUUUGCCCGUGUUAACAACAUUACGGAAAGGACACGAGCCGAACUGCUAAAUGUGCAUGCAUUGUCGAAUAGUCUGCAGGUGAUAUACGGGCAAGUCUUCUGGAGGAGCGUAUACCGACACACAUAA